AUGGAGUGCACUUCAGAACCAGAUAAAGAAUCAGAAAAAAGCUUGGACGAAGUAUGCCAAAAAAUGGAUAAACUGACAGAAUUAAAUGGGGAUUCGCCCGUAAAAUUAGUAACGAAAAAGAAGAAAAAACAUAAAAAGAAGACUGGAAAAUGCGCAAAUGGUGACGAUGCGACCCUGAUGAAAGAAAAUGAGACGGGAGAUACUUCAGUUAACUGUGGUGAAAACAUGUCCUCUGCUGUGAAAACGUCAAACAAGAAGUCUAAAUCGGAAAAUUCAGGUGUCAUACGUCAGACGAAUCCUCCUUCUAUUCCUGUAUGUCAGUUGUAUCCUAAAGGAGACUACCCAGUUGGUCAGAUUAUUAAUUAUGAGCCCGACACUGAUUGUCGUACAGCUAUCAAUCGCACAACAUCAGAAGAGUGCAAAGCUCGUGACAAUGCUCAUAUAGAGAUCUAUCAACAGUUUCGUGAAGGUGCAGAGGUUCAUAGACAAACGAGAAACUAUAUUAAGAAAUGGAUACGUCCGGGUAUUCGUCUCAUCGAUAUGUGUGAAGAACUCGAACGCACUAGCCGUGCACUCAUUUUAGAACGCGGAUUGAAUGCAGGCUUAGCUUUUCCAACAGGUUGUUCAAUUAAUCAUUGUGCAGCUCAUUACACUCCUAACGGGGGUGAUAAUACAGUUCUAAAUUAUGACGAUGUAUGCAAAAUUGAUUUUGGAGUACAUGUAAAUGGUCGUAUUAUUGACUGUGCUUUCACACUUCACUUUAAUCCUAAGUUUGAUACUUUGGUAGAGGCUGUUAAGGAUGCAACUAAUACUGGUAUUAAGGCAGCUGGCAUUGACGUACGUUUGUGUGAUGUUGGAGCAGCCAUUCAGGAGACUAUGGAGUCCUAUGAAGUAGAAUUAGAUGGAAAUACUUACCAGGUGAAACCUAUACGUAAUUUGAAUGGUCAUUCUUUGGGGCCAUACCAAAUUCAUGCGGGGAAAACUGUACCAAUCGUACGUGGAGGGGAGCAAACUCGUAUGGAGGAAAAUGAAUAUUAUGCAAUCGAAACGUUUGGUAGUACAGGAAAAGGUUAUGUUAUUGAUGGAGAUGAAGUUUCGCACUAUAUGAAGAAUUUCGACGUUAGACAUGUUCCUCUGAGGUUGGCGAAAUCGAAACAACUGUUGAAUGUGAUAGAUCGUAAUUUCAGUACUCUUGCAUUUUGUCGCCGUUGGUUAGAUCGUUUAGGUGAGACAAAAUAUCUUAUGGCCCUAAAGAACCUAUGUGACGUUGGAAUAGUAGAUCCAUAUCCGCCUCUGUGUGAUCAACGUGGUUGCUACACUGCUCAAUGGGAGCACACGAUUUUGCUAAGGCCAACAUGUAAAGAAGUUGUCUCUCGUGGGGAGGAUUACUGA